CAAAAUGUCACCACUUAUCCUCUUCUUCAAUCCAGUCCGACAUGCUACAUCCACCUACGAACAACUCCAGAAAAUAGCCCAAACAGAAGUCGUCACCAGCACAUCCAGAGAUGAAUUCUACGCCGACCUCCAAGGAAAAUACCACAUUGUAUCCAUCAUAUACAGGACCUCAGCGAGCGGCGCAGUAGCAGGCCCCUUUGACGCAGACUUUAUAAACCACCUCCCGCCCACCUGCAAAUUUAUCUGCCAUAACGGAGCCGGAUACGACCAGAUCGACGUCGACGCAUGUACCGCACGGGGUAUCACAGUCACAUACGCCCCGGACCCAGUCACAGACGCGACGGCCGAUUUGGCGAUUUGGUUAAUGCUAGGUGCGCUUCGCCAGCUGAAUCCAUCGCUUGGGUCGCUCCGUCAAGGAAACUUCAAGAAAGGUCUUUCCUUCGGCCAUGAUCCGCAGGGAAAGGUGUUGGGGAUUUUGGGAAUGGGGAGGAUUGGAAGAGCGGUUGUGAAAAGGGCAGAGGGGUUUGGUGUUGUGGCGAGAUAUCAUAACCGCAGGCCCUUGUCUGAGGACGACGCCGUGGGGGCUGAGUAUGUCUCGUUUGAGAGGUUGCUGGCGGAGAGUGAUAUUAUCAGUGUUCAUGUGCCGCUGAAUGAGCAUACGAGAGGUCUUAUUGGGAAGAAGGAGAUAGCUCAGAUGAAGGAUGGUGUUGUGAUUGUGAAUACCGCCCGGGGAGCAGUUAUUGAUGAAGCCGCUAUGGCGGAGGGGUUGGAUUCGGGUAAGAUUGCCGCAGUGGGCUUGGAUGUGUAUGAGAAGGAGCCGGUGGUGAACGAGAAGCUGCUGGAGAAUAAUCGUGCCCUGAUGGUUCCUCAUCUUGGGACUCAUACGGUGGAGACAUUGCGGAAGAUGGAGGAAUGGGCAAUGGAGAACGCGAGAAGGGCUGUGUUGGGAGAGGAUUUACUAUCGCCUGUUCCGGAGCAGUUGUAGGAAUCAUCAAGGAAAUCUAUUACAUGUCUAUCAUAGUAUGUGUAUAUGCAUUUUUAUAUACAUCAGGCAAUCUCAUAGUGGCGCUGGUAGUCCUGGUCGAUCUUGGUGAGAUAGUAUGUGCCCGGCAGGAGGUGGGAAAUGUCGCCGUACAGAGUGUAAUUGUUCUGCAGGUGGAUCUUCUCUCG